AUGUCGACAACAAUAUGCCAAGUGAUGGGCUUUGUUGUCUCAUCUCUGGGUUUUGCUGGAUGCAUCGCGGCCACUGGAAUAGACAUGUGGAGCACACAGGACUUGUAUGACAACCCAGUCACAGCUGUGUUCCAGUAUCAGGGACUCUGGAGGAGCUGCGUGAGGCAGAGCUCAGGUUUCACAGAAUGCCGGCCUUAUUUCACCAUUCUUGGGCUACCAGCAAUGUUCCAGGCUGUGAGAGCACUAAUGAUCGUGGGCAUCGUCCUGGGUGCCAUUGGCCUCCUUGUGUCCAUUUUCGCCCUGAAAUGCAUUCGGAUUGGCAAUAUGGAGGACUCUGCAAAAGCCAACAUGACUCUGACCUCCGGCAUCAUGUUUAUUGUGGCUGGUCUAUGUGCUAUUGCCGGAGUGUCCGUAUUUGCCAACAUGCUGGUCACAAACUUCUGGAUGUCAACAGCCAAUAUGUACCAAGGAUCGAUGCAGACCAUCCAGACAAGGUAUACCUUUGGUUCAGCCUUGUUCGUCGGCUGGGUUGCUGGGGGCUUGUCCCUGGUAGGAGGUGUUAUGAUGUGCAUUGCCUGCAGGGGACUGGUACCAGAAGAAACCAAUUACAAGGCAGUGUCCUACAAUGCAUCAGGACGGAAUAUCUCCUACAAGACUACGCCAUAUAAGGCUGGUACUGGCUACGAAUCUGAAGCCAAAAGUAAAAAAAUCUCAACAUACGAUGACACUGCUCGUAGCGAUGACGGGAAACGCUCAUACCCUUCUAAAUAUGACUAUGUCUAGAAGCCCUUCAGGGGUCAAAGAUACACUAU